ACCCUGAUUGGCAACUCCCUAGCAGAUGACAAGAAGAAAACUCUGUUUGUAUGUUGGCCAGUGUCAAUCAAAAUGUUUACUGUUUUAAACCAUUAUCCCAAAUCACACUAAAUGCCUCAUCAAACAUGGCAACAGUUUCUCCUGAGCCCCUGAAACAGAGUCCCUGCCCUCUUGUAGUGCCCGCUAUGCCGCUUAAAUUGUAUGUGAAUGUUGUGCCGAGGUGGCUGUCGAUGUCUGCGUGUAAUAUCUGAAGAACUUCACGUUUCCUGACAUUGUUUUAUGACGCAUGCUCAUCUGAAGUCACUCCGAGCAAACAUCGCAGCGCUGUCGGACAUCUGCAAUCAGUAUGAGCGGUACGAUCUAUUUCCAUCGUAACAAAGAGUGGCUGUCUCGUAUUCUUCAUGAAAAACUGCACUUCACUUUAUUAUCUGUCAACACGCCAUUGUUACAUGUAACAACUGUACUGAUAUCAACAUGCCAGUCCUUGUUAUAUACUUGUUCUUUGUAUGUGUGGAUUGGCACAACUAUGUUCAUGCGGACCAGAGUACUGUGAUACUUUCAACAGACAGAAGCAUAUUUACUUCUGAAUCUCCCGGGAAUAAAUUGUCAUCUCCCUCUUUGAGUGCUGAGAAAGUUCUAGACGAAGGAUAUGAUCAGGAUAUAACUGAUGUUCUUGAACUUGAUAAUUAUGAAGAAUAUGAAGAAUAUGAAAAAUAUGAUGAAUAUGAAGAUGAAUAUCAUGCUCUUGUAACAUUAUAUAAAGACCAUAAUGGAAGAGGGGAUUUUGCUCAAUUUCAUGUAACAGAAAUAUCUAAAAAUGAAAAAAUAAGCAUGGAAAAAAUAUAUAGUAACAUAACACUUCCACCAGGUCUGCAUAGACUCCUUGUGAAGAAUGUGUCCUGCAUUGUGUAUAACACUCACCAUUUAAACUGCUCUUUGGCUGUGGAGGGUAUUUCCAAAGGUGCCCAGUACUCGUUCACCGUCCAUCGAGAUGAUUCACUCCUAUCCUGUUACAGUUUCAUGAACAAUGAAGCCAGAGUUGUUAAAUGUAAUGGAAAGACUGACUACAAGGAUUACUUUACUUUAAAGAUCAAUGUUACUGUCGCUGACUUCCAAUACGUCCACCGCCAACAAUUUGAGGCAGUGCAGAUUGAAAAGCUGAAUCCCCCACAUAAUGUAACGGCUUCAUUCAUCUCAGGGAACUUGUACAUUGAAUGGAAUCUUAACUCAAAUCUCAGAAACAUUUGUUUCCUCUUCGAAUUAAAGAUAAAUCAGGAAUUACUGGAAGUUUUUAAGCAGAUGAACUUCACCAUACUAAACAUAGAUCAGACUCAGAGUUAUAAGAUACAGAUAAGAGUGACCAAGACUGACAGCUGCAGGAAAAAUGACAUUUGGAGCGACUGGAGUGAACCUGUGGUUGUGAAUCCACGUAUAAAGCCGGAUGCACUGAACGUGCCAAUGAUUUGUGGCAUUUCUCUGGGCAUCCCCAUGUUGCUGCUUGCAGUGUUUCUGCCCUGCUGGCGGCCCAGAUUGUUCAACAAGUUGUUUCCUCCUGUCCCGAGUCCAUCUAUGAAGAUUCAAGAGCUGUUAGAGAAAGAUGAUGUCAUUCAGGAGAUGCAGUUCAGAUAUUUAGAGGAGAUUGUUAAAGUUGAAGAUGAUUCCGAUUAGGAGUCUGCGAAGAGAUUCCCCACAGAAGGCUGCAGAAUUAUCUCAAAAGCUGCAAAAUGUUGUCCCUCCUAUCAAGACACUGAAGGUGGUUUUCCAGGCCCAGAAUGUGUAGUACCCCAAGUAUUGUGCAAAUAUGAUAUUCAGUGCAGCAGAAAAAUGACGAACAGUUCUGUUCUGCUUAUCUGCAUGAUUCUGUUUUGAGUCAUGACUCAUUAGCACUGUGAAGUUUUUCUUCGUUCUUUCUUUGUAAGGGACUUACCACACUUACACUUCCUGGAAAUACAGUCCUGCCUGGAGCCAGAUACUGAGAAUAAAAUAAGAUUGUAUCUUUCAGAUUCUGACCAUCACACAUAGUCACCAAAAGCCAGGCAGCAGUGGGUGGGGGGGGGGGGGGGGUUGGUAACUUAAGGGAGGAUGUCAUUCUUUUGAGACGUUUUUCUCAUUUGUACAUAGAAACGUAAUUGUGUCACAGGAACAUUGUAUGGCACUAAAUUACACUUUAUUUGAAUGUUUGAGCUGUGCAGGGGUUUGGAAUGUACAGUUAUGAGGCUACAGUUAAAAGCGAGGGGUCUAAGGUAAAUUUGUGCAGUUCACAAAUGGCAGUUGAUGAGGUUAACCACAUUUCCCAUCCUGCUCUUCAUGAGUCACGCAAACUGCAAGUUAUGGGGUCAGAGUGCCAGCCAGUGUCCCGAUGCCCCUGGAGCAGUUGGGGGCCGUGCUUUAAGUCCCAAUGGUAAAAUUACUCUGCCUGCCACAGGUUUGAACUGGAAAUCUUCCGACAGCCAGACAGCAUUCAGUGUUAGUCUGUUUUCCAGGCAGCAUCAGCCACAAGGCUGGGCGACACCCUGGACACAAUCGCUCAGUAUGGGCAGUUAGAGUCACAAAUCACCUCGGUUCCUAGUCAGUCUUGUGACAGUCUUGGAUGGAUGGAGGGGUGGAUGAAUGAAUGGAUGGAUUGAUAUUAUACAAGAUAUACUGUUGUGUAAAUAAAGAAUGUGUAUUUCUGAUA